AUGUCCCUUUUGAAUACUGGGCCAGAGAAGGGUAGCAGGGUCUCCUUUGCUAGAGUUUAUGUAGAAGUUGAUGCUAUCACCACACUUCCAUCUAUGUUCAAAGUCAAUUGUGAGGGAGAAAAAGGGAUUGUUAAGGUGGAAUAUCAAGGUCUCCCUCCAAAAUGUGACCACUGUGUAGCUUUUGGUCAUGACACAACUAAGUGUGUUAAGACACAAGUAGCCCAAUUGAUUUCCCUCCAAAAGAAAACUGAUGACAACUCUGAUCCAGGUUGGAAUAUUGUGAAAGCAAAUGGCAAAAGAAAAGUGGGGGAACCUGUCUUGGAUCCCAAGCCACCAGAAGUACAAGCAGGGGUUGAUCGAGUGAGUCAUGAAGCUGGGCAAAGCCAUCCACCUAAACCAUCCUUGGGUGUGGCUGAAAAGAGUCUAGCUGAUGAGAUCAUGGAAGUUGAAAAUAGAGAAACUGUUGGGGAGUCUUCAGUUCCCAACAUUGAAGGGUUUGAUGAUCUACAGAAGGAAUUGGUGGAGAUUACAAAACUGGCUCUACCAAACAAUGCAGAACUCAUUAUGAAAGUGGAAAAUUUGAUGGGCACCACACCAAAGAAAAGUGAUCCAACAAAACAACAGGUCAAACAAGCCACCUCUACAAAAGGUAACUCCUCUGGCAAGGGCUACAAGAGCCAGAGGAAGAAACACAGGAACUCCCUUUCGCUGUCCAAAGUCUCUCUUGUUCUGUUAGGGGAUUUUAAUGCUAUUCGGUAUGGUUUUGAGAAAUUUGGUGGCUCUUCUGUUUGGUUUAUUGACAAAGAGGUUUUCAAUUCUCAUAUUCUCCAAUUGAAAUUGGUGGAUCUGUCCUAUGGUGGUUGCCAAUUCACUUGGGCUAACAAAAGAGACAGUGGGGACUAUAUUGCCACUAAAAUUGAUAGCGUUCUGGUUAAUGAGUCGUGGCUUGACUCAUUCCCAGCCUCUUCUGCCUAUUUUUUUUUUCCUUCUUGUGUCUCUGAUCACUCUCCGGCUGUGGUCACUAUCUCUGCUGAAGUGGUCUCUUUUAAGAAACCAUUUAAAUUUUUUGAUUUUUGGGCUCAACAUGAAAACUUUAUUCCUGUUGUGUCUGAGGUGUGGAAUCAAUAUAUUCAAGGGGUCCCCAUGCUUAGAGUUUGUCAAAAACUUCGAGACUUGAAGCCUAUUCUUAAAGCAUUGAACAAAAAGGAGUUUAGUGAUGUCUCCAGUAGAGUCCUGGCUACUACAAUGGAAAUUGGACAAGGAUCCUGGCAAUCCUAUCUUACAAAAACUUGA